AUGGCGUGGUGUGUGAGUGUGUAAUAAUGCAUGGUGAUUGGAAAAUGCUUUUUCACUGAAGGCCUGUACUGAGGAGCGCCACUGGAAUCACAAGUCAGUUAUGUUACCCACUAUAAAUAACCACUAAAUCAUUAUAACGGUACGGUAGUUUUUAUUAGCGUGAUAAUCUCUGAGGAAUUAUACCCUGGGUACUAGACGUCACACGUGAAAUCAUAGUAACAUUUGACCUCGUGUUUGCUACUGUACUCCCGGCUACUGCCGCAGCAUUAAAACCGGUACUCUAGGUAGACAUGUUUUAGCGUUGGGGGAAGUGGCUGUGUUCUCACCGCCGGCUGUAAGGAAGAAUCGACCGAUGUGACAGACUCUUGAUAAGACGAAUAUACAGAGAAUCGGAACAACAUGGCUUCCGUUCGAGCUGCAGGCCGGACUAUAUGGAAUCAGCGUAAACGCAUUGUACUGGUACUAACUCCUGUUAUACUCAGUCCUCUCCUCAUCAAAGUGCAAACAGCGGCAGCAUCAUGUGCUUAUGCCGUACUCAUCAUUUCUAUUUACUGGAUGGCCGAGGUUUUCCCGAUGGCGGUCACAGCACUCCUACCCGUACUACUGUUUCCUCUACUUGGUAUCAUGCAUUCCAGUCGGGUCUCUGCAAACUAUAUGAAAGACAUAAUUAUGACAAUGAUAGGCGCUUUCUUCGUGGCCGAUGCGUUGGCGUAUUGGGACUUGCAUCGACGAUUUGCAUUGAAGAUUCUAUUAUACACUGCGUCCAGUCCUCGCUGGUUGAUGUUUGGCUUAAUGGCGACCACCAGUUUCUUGGCUAUGUGGAUGAGCAAUUCGGUUGUAACAGCAAUGAUGGUUCCUUUGACCAUCGCAAUACUCAAAGAAAUUGAUACGAAAAGAAAGGAAACUAAACAUUCAGGAAUGGAAAAUGGUGCUGUGAUUGUUGAAAGAACUGAAGAGGGUAUAGAAAUCAAAGAAUAUAACUCUGUCCAUGACUACGAUAAGUCCACAGAGGAGGUAGAGGCCCUGAGAAAGUCACGUGACAGCGACCCAACAGGUGACGAGGCGUUCACACGUCUCAGUAAAGGUAUGGUGCUGUGUGUGGCGUAUGCAGCUAAUAUCGGCGGCACUGCCACACUGUAUGGUACAUCGUCAAACAUCGUUAUGACGGGGCAACUGGAAAGCUUGUAUGGGUACGAGGCCGUAAUUGACUUUGGCACUUGGUUUCUUUAUGCCUUCCCAAAUCAGUUAAUCAUUUUAUUAUUCGCAUGGUUUGUACUGCAGUGGAGAUUUUUAGACUUAAGAGGUAUUUUAAAGAAUUGUCGGUGUGGAUUUUCGACUUGCUGUAGUAAGACUACAAAGAAGGAGUCAGAUGCACAACUAGUGAUUCGAGAGCAGUACGAGGCAAUGGGCAGUAUGUCUUGGGCUGAAGUAGUGGUACUCAUUCACUUCGUGGUGCUGUCAUUAUUGUGGCUGAGUUACUCUCCACGAUUUAUACCUGGCUGGGCGUCAAUCUUCGAUCAUGGAUACGUCACAGCGACCACAGCCACCAUUGCAGUCGUCGUAUCUCUAUGUCUCUUUCCCGCAAAGCGUCCAGCUUUUCUGAAAUGUGGUAACGGGAGCGUCUCGGGGCUAUCCGAUUAUCUGGCUGAAAAAUUCGCUGUCUUCGCCAAUAUACCACCAUGGACACUCGUUCUGGUAUGUACGGUACUUAUCGCGGUGCUAACAGAAUUCAUCAGUAACACGGCGACGGCCGCAGUCUUCCUACCGAUCAUAGCGAAAAUGGCUGAGAGUGUGGAUAUAAACCCUCACUAUCUUAUGAUUCCUACUACUGUGGCAAGUUCAUUUGCUUUUAUGUUACCAAUAGCAACACCACCAAAUGCUAUCGCAUUCUCCUAUGGGACUCUCAAUGUGCUAGAUAUGUCAAAAUAA